AUGAAAUCCCUGUCCAUCAUUUCCAGCAUUGCACUUUUGAUCAGUGCUGUCGUAGCUCAAGAAGGUGCUACUGUGCCCACCACAGGAGCUGCUGGUGCCUCUACCUAUUCUUGUGAUCCCAACACCUGUAAGAUUGCCAACAACUGCCUCUGUGCAUCUCAAUCCCCUCCUGGUGGUCUCUCACCUGCAGAUACACCUCAAUUUGUUACAGUUACUUUUGAUGAUUCAGUUCAAGAAACACUGGCCAAGACCGCCUUGUCCAUGGUCAAUGUUACAAAUCCCAAUGGCUGUCCUGGUCACGGUACCUGGUUUGUCUCGAUGGAAUACACUGAUUUCUCAUUGGUUCAACAAUGGUACGCUGCUGGAAACGAGGUUGCAGAUCAUACCUUCUCUCAUGUCGGUACUCCCUCCGCCGAAGAAAUCAGCAGCACCAAAUCCAUGUUGAAUGCUUAUGGCGGUAUUCCCAACCAAAAGCUUCAAGGAUUCCGCGCACCCUUCUUGAAUUACACCAAGGACACUUUGAACAUCCUUAGCCAACAAGGUUUCUUAUACGAUUCUAGCUCCAGUGCUGUCACCGACGACGCCUACUGGCCUUACACUCUGGACAAUGGCAUGGCAAAUGAUUGUUGGACCGGUAUUUGUGCUGCUGGCCAAGUCAAAUUGCCUGGUCUUUGGGAAAUCCCCAUGUAUUCAGUCCUUGACAAUGCCAGUGUACCUCAAUUGAUGGAUGUCUAUCUCGCUGGUUCUCCCGCUGAUGUUCAACAAUGGAGUCAAGCUGCUUUCGACAAGCAUUACAACGGCAACCGUCAGCCAUUUGGUAUCUACGUGCAUCCCACCCAUUUAACCACAUAUGCCGGUCUUCCCGAUCCCAAGGACAUGUACAAUGGUGUGAUAGAAUUCAUCCAAUCCAUUGCUCAAAAGCCCAAUGUCUGGUUUGUCACCAACCAACAGUUAUUGCAAUACAUGAAGAACCCCGUCAAAGCCUCUGAACUCGGUGCUCAAGACUACAUGCAAUGUAAGCAACCUGUUAUUCCCAAGGAAAUCUGUAACGGUCUCGACGAUGAUCACAAUGGUUCAAUUGACGAUGGCUUAGUCAACAGUUGCAAUUUCGGUACCACUAGCAUGAAGACUUGUUUCAACUGUCCUGCCACCACUCCUACAUUGAGCAAUCCCACCCCAGCCUCAUCUGUUCAAAAUGGUACUGCUGGCUACCGUUAUCCUAUUCCUGACAACUGCGAUACUACAUGGUGGGAUCCUAUUGGAAACACCUGUCUCUGUACCACUGCUGAUUGUCAAUUGAAGAGCAUUGCUGUCUCAAAACCUAAUACCACCACUCCUGCUGGCGGAUCAAAUGGUACUUCAGCCAACAAUGGCAGCUCCUCCAACGCCCAUACUAGCGGCGCUGCUAUGAACACUGUUGGCCCUAUCACUGCCUCUGCCCUGGUUGCUGGUUUGAUGGUUGCUGCCGGCCAAUUGCUCUAG